AUGGACAAGCCGGGCGACACCGCAGGCAAGCAUGGCCACGACGAGACAUCGCCCGUAUCAACACCAGCCAAGAAGCCUCGCAUCGGCAGUCCGGUCGAGGCGCCGGAUCCGACCAUCGAGGCGGACGACACGGCCAGCGAUGGCGGCUACGAGUCCGAUCUGGCGUCGCGAGCGUCCACCUCGGUAUGCAGCAGCGUGCGCGACUACGAGUUCGAGAACAACAGGCGCUACCACCGCUUUCAGGAGGGCCGGUACCAGUUCCCCAACGAUGAGCCGGAACAGGAGAGGGAGGACAUGAAGCAUGCCAUGGUGGUGCACCUCUGUCAAGGCAAACUCCACUUUGCGCCGCUGGAGAAUCCACAGAAUAUCUUGGACAUAGGGACGGGGACGGGCAUCUGGGCCAUGGACAUGGGCGAUGAAUAUCCCGGGGCCGAGAUCACCGGCAUCGAUCUGAGUCCAAUCCAGCCUCAGUGGGUACCGCCAAAUGUCCGGUUCAUGGUGGACGAUGCCGAGGCGGAGUGGGUGGUUCCUGAAGCCUCUCUCGACUACAUCCAUAUCCGGCACAUGACCUCUUCAAUUCGCGACUGGCCUGUGUUAUUAUCGCGCGCAUAUACAGCACUAAAGCCCGGUGGGUGGAUUGAACUACAAGAGCUCCAGUUCCAAGUCAAGUGCGACGAUGGAACGGUGCGCGAAGGCAAUAAAGUCCAAGACUUUUUCGAGACAAUGAGGCGCGCACUGGAGCAUUUCAACGUCGACUUGUUAGCCAUGCGGCACAACCAAAAGAACCUCAUCGACGGAGGUUUUGUCGAUGUCGCCGAAAUACCCUUCAAGAUUCCCAUUGGCACAUGGCCAAGAGACAGGACCUUAAAAAAGUGUGGGCUCUACAACAGGAGCAUGAUUCAAGAUGCCCUCUACGGCGUUGCUGUGAGGCCUUUUACGCGGGGCCUCGGUUGGACGAUAGAAGAACUGGAAUUGUAUUUAAUAGACGUGCGAAAAGAGCUAACAGACAACAGUCAGCACGGCUACACGCCAUUUAACGUGGUCAUUGGCCGAAAGCCUGGAUAAAAAUAUCAAAACAUGUUGAUGAUCAUCAUCGAGAAAAGAACACCUCACCUACAUACCUACAUGCCUACCUACGCUUACCUCACGUAGUGCUAGUAAUGGCUGGCGCUCCCUAGUGCCACCAGAGGUUCCCCGCGUCCGCGGAGCUGGAAAGCGACGGCGAAAACCAGAUCUAUCCACCAUUGGCUUCAG